UAAUGUUUCUAAGUCGGCUCAUUUUUUAAGACCUUGCAAUAAUACGGAAAAUCAGGCUUAUCGGGUGUUAGACGAGAGGGUUGAAAGGCCUGAAGCCAGCGAUAGUCAUCAUGAUACCGAGGUUGAUAACGGUGUGGUAGAAUUAGAUUUAUAUUUAGAUUCUUCUGAGGAGGAUUUUAUUCCUCCUUCUCCCAAUGUAGUUAACACUAUUAGCCAGUUUAAUACGUCAGUCAGGGUCACGGGUGAUCCAGUUUUAAAGGGCGAGUUAAGAAAUUUGAGGGAUAGGAAUGUUGAAGUAAUUAAAAAUUUACCUGUCACUAAUGAUGUUUUUCUUUUAGAUGGGAAUGAAACUGGGUCACGGCCUGAGAAUUCCCAGGGUCUUUUAAUGGUGGGAAAUGACGGCCUAAGUGGGGAGGCUUAUGGCCUUCAGGAAUCUUGGACGGAAAAUAUCAGGCUGGAUAUUGAGGACGGCGUUCCAGGGGUGGAACGUUUUAAUGCAAAGGGAGAAGAAACAAGGACGGAAAAAGGGCAGCAAUUAAUGACUAACACGGAUCCCAGGGCUACUGGUUUCCAGAAUACAGAGAAGGUUACGGCUGCAUCUCAAAGGAUUCAGUCUGCAGUGCCUCAGGACCCGAGUACAGGUGUAAAGAUCGUAUGGGUGAUGGGGCAUUCGUUUAUAUACUGGGCCAAUGCUGAGGCCAGUAAGAAAAUGGGCGGCCUUCAGCUUGGGUGUCCUGUGGAUCAAUGGGAGGUCAAAUGGUUUGGGAUUAGGGGGAUGUGCUGGGAACUCUUUUUUCCGUUGUUUCUAGAUUUUGGCAGAAUGUUUCCUCGUCCUCAGGUUUUGAUAGUGCAUUUGGGGGGAAAUGAUUUAGGUAUGAUUCCUCAAAAGGAACUAGUUAGAAGAAUCAAAAGAGAUCUGGGCAACAUAAAGGAACUUCAUCCUGAAAUCAAAAUAAUUUGGUCACAGAUUACUCCUAGGUUGGUUUGGAGAUCAGCGAGGGAUUAUGAUAGGCUAGAAAAGAGUCGUAAAAAAAUUAACAAAAUAAUUAGCUCUUUUGUUAAGAGGUUGGGGGGAGGCGUAGUUUUCCACCCAGAUUUUGAAGUAGAUGGAGCUGAGGAAUUUUAUUUAAAAGAUGGUGUUCAUUUUAACCAAUUUGGGCUGCAGCUAUUUAUUUUCGAUAUAAAAGAAGCUUUGGGAAAAAUAUUGGGUUUGGCGGGACUGGGCUGUUCGGUCAGUCCAGUCGGUGGCGGGGGUGCUAGUUCCCAGACAAAUAUGGUACGCAAUAUGGCCAAGUGAU